AUGGGGGACGUGGUUUCCUCUCAACUAGAUGAGAACAGGCGGGAGAUGAUUACAGCUAAGACUGGAGAUGUGAUGAAACAGUUCGGCGAUGUGUAUGAGCAACAGUACGCUGUCGCUCUGUUCAACAAUGUCCGGUUUGAGAUAGAAGGAGGAGGAGGCACACAGUCCCAGCUGCUUCACAGAAAGGCAAGUAGUUCACUGUCUAUAAGCUUUGACAGUACACCUGAAAACCCGUUGGUAGGCCACUCCAUCUUCUCAGGGGGCCUGUAUCAGUACCUGGAGGAGAACCGGAAGUGGAGGACCCGCUUUGCAUCUGUAUCAAACAGCUACUCCAUCAGCUUCUAUGAGAACAAAACAGCCCAUGAACGGGGGCUGCACCCAAAAAUUACCAUCAACUGUGCAGGUUACAAGAUCCUCACCUCCAUGGAAGAGUACAUGGAGCUGAUGAAUGGCAGCCUGCCAGGUAUCAAAGCCAAAGUAGGCAGUAGCCCAUUCAUCAAGGUUGGAACCCAGUUCUUCCUCAUACUGUGGCACCCGUACGCUCGCCACCACUACUUCUGUUGGGUAACUGAGAAGGAGCAGAAGAAGUGGCAUGCUGUGCUGCAGGACUGCGUCAGACACAGCAACAACGGUCUGCCAGACGACGGCACCGUUCAGACGUCAGCCUUCAUUGACUCUAUAAGACAUCAUAGACAAGCCAAGGGACAUUAUGGGACCUGGGAUUUGAUGUGCGGAACACCACCACAGAUUUUGGCUAAUCUGGUGAUGGAGACCCUCCACCCUGAGCUUAGAAAUAUCAUCGGCCCUCGUCUGAAGGGAAAGUUGCCCCAAAGGCAGAGGAACUGGAUGUUGAUCUCUGAUGCAGUGUACAAGCAAGUCUUGACUCAGACCACUGGUCAGUAUGACGCUCUGGUACAGUUAUGUGAGGCCCACAAAGGGCAGCUAGAUGCGAGACUGCGGACCGACAUGGACCAGAUCAUUACAUCAAAGGAACACAUCAGCAGCAAGAUAAAAGCUUUGGUGCUGCCCAAAGUGGAACAGCUCCUACGGACCAACAUUCAGCCCUACAUCAGCUCCAUCCUGGAAGCUCUGAUGGAGCCCACCAGUCGAGGUUUCUCCGAGGUCAGGGAUGUGUUCUUUAAGGAGCUUGUGGAGAUCAGCAAGAAUUCACUUAAUGGAGGUGGCAAAGAAAAAGUGGGAGACCAACUAGAGAAGUUGUCCAUGCUGGCCUUCCAUCCCGUGAAGAUGCAGAGCUGCUACGAGCAGAUGGAUCAGCUCAACCUGGAGGGGCUGCAGCAGAGGUUCAAUGUUUCCAGCCCAUCAGUGUUCAUCAGCAGGGCUCAGAUCCUCAUGAGGGAGCAAAUGGACAACGCAGUGUAUACGUUUGAGUCCCUGCUCCGCAACGCUUUAGACGCUGAGGUGGAAGAUAACCUUAGCAACACCAUACAGAGAUGCCAAGACAGGGUUCUGAAGAAAUAUGACUAUGACAGCAGCACAGUGCGGAAGAAGUUCUUCAGAGAGGCCUUACUGCAGAUCAUCAUCCCCUACAUGCUGCAGCAGCUCGCACCCUCCUACACACCAAUUGCUGAGAGGCUGAAACAGUGCUCGCUCUUUUCUCAGGAGCUGCCCCGCUUCAACGAACUCAUCUUUGAGGACCUGUCGCGUUUUCUCCUGGUUCAGAAUAUGUACGAGGAAGUGGUGCUGCAGUCUGUCGCCAAAGACAUAAUGAUGGCUGUGAAGGAGGCAGCUGUGCAGAGGAAACAUAACCUCUACAGAGACAGCAUAGUUCUAAACAACAGCGACCCCAACUUGCUCCUGCUCGGGGAAACACCGCCGGUGGACUGGGCUGCAAAGUUUGGGAGCAGUGAGCCGGAUAGCUCUGCCGGGGAAGUUGAAUUAAGGGGCUCCGGGAGAAGGCGCAAGCAGGUGGUGUCCAUGAUACAGAUGGAGGGGUUGCCUCUUCCCUACGAGUCCUGCCUGGAGGUCCCAGGAGUGGAGCUAAUACCAGAGGAGGACGGCGAGGUUUCUGAGUGUAAAGAAGGUGACGAAGAGGAGGAAAUGGAAGACUUAGGUCCAUCUGAGGAUCCAAAGUCUCCAGAUAGUGUGAAUGAAAUCAGGGACCUGAUUCAUCCCGUGAUGGAGCUGAUGGUGCCUGUGUCACAGCUGAAGCAGAGUGAAGAGACAAAUGGGACAGAACCAGCCACUGGGACCACCAUCAUGGAGGACGAAGAGCAGGAGGAGGUGACGGACGUCACCACCAUCAUGGAGGACGAAGAGCAGGAGGAGGUGACGGACGUCACCACCAUCAUGGAGGACGAAGAGCAGGAGGAGGUGACGGAAGUCACCACCAUCAUGGAGGACAUCCCCGAGAAGUCAACGGUAGACAAGCCGUCCCCGCAGUCCAUCCUUCAAGAGCUGAAAAGAAGCAGGACUCAAGAAGCCAAUAUUGAGCGUCAAGAAGAAGCCGCCAUCCGGAAGGCCAUUGAGGAAAUGGAGAUCGCGGUGCAGGAAGAUGACAGCGACAUGAUUACAGUAGAAUCAGAUUCUGAGAUACCAGCACUGGCCAAAAACUCCAACUCAGAAUAUGACAGCGGCUUCCAGUCACCAGCCAAUGAUGGGCUGAAUGAGGGCGACCAUCAGCCAAUCACAAAUGGUCUGAAAGGAGAGGACAAAAUAACAGACCCCGUGGAAGUGGAGAUGGUUUUAGCCUAG